AUGGAGAGCGCGCAAGCUGCAGUUCGUAAUGCGAGUGUUCUUACCAGUGAAAUGGGUGUCGCGGUCAUAGGGUGCCCCAUCCUGGUGUCGGCUGCUGCGGCACCGCUGCCCCCACACCAAAAAGCACAUGACGCAAGGCGCUUGAUGCUCACCCGAGCCUCUGUAGCAGCGCUGAGAAGGAGCUCUAGGCGUCAGCUGAGACCGACUGGUGUUGACUGUUGGGCAUCACUGCGAGCUCCGGGCCCCGGAGUCCGGGGUCAGGUCGGGUCGGCGCCGCAGGAAAGUGCGAUGGCUGCACUGUACCGCCUCGGCCGCUCCGCGGAGCCAAGUGGCAGCCACGUGCGACUCGGUCUGUGGCUCCGCCGGCCCAAAGUCGCAAGUCGGAAUUCCGUCCGCGCAGACAAGAAGACGGGGACUCCGGCUCGGGCCAAAGCCGGUCGAAUAAGCUCCGACCUGACUGACCGAUUGAGCGACGCCGAGGGCGGGAGCAGCCAGCGUGGCGGCGUGCCGUGCCCAUCUGGCGCUGCCGCGGCUCGCUCGCUGGAUCACGGCCCUCAGGCCGUGUACCAGGAUAGCUCUACACAUCCACCGCGGCGAAGUAGCAACGGGAAAGGACCGCACCGAAACUCAACGACGGCGUCGCCGCGGGCUCCGGAUGGAUGGCGACACCGCGGCGGCAUUGCGGCGCCGUCCAGCGUGGCGCGCGGCAGCCAAGAAGGAAGAGCUUCGGCUUCCCACCGCGGCGACUACGACCCGAUCUCAGACGCAAAAAAUACUAAUGCCCAGUCGCCGGAAGCGGGUAUUUUGAUGGAGACGCCGCAAAUGUAUGCAACGGGCCCCCGCUUCCGGCAGUCUCUGCUGGAAGUGCAUGUUGUCGAGUCGGAGUGGGAUGUUCGUGGGAUCGCGGCCGCCGGAUGGCCGCCGACGGAGUAUCUAACCUAUUCAAGUAGAUUGAACCAAUUUCCCCCUACAUAA